UGAUGGCUGGGAUUCUACCGUUUGGUGCUAUGUUCAUUGAGCUCUUCUUCAUCUUCAGUGCCAUCUGGGAGAACCAGUUCUACUACCUGUUUGGUUUCCUCUUCCUGGUGUUCAUCAUCCUGGUGGUGUCCUGCUCCCAGAUUAGUAUCGUCAUGGUCUACUUCCAGCUCUGCGCAGAGGACUACCGCUGGUGGUGGAGGACCUUCCUGGUAUCAGGGGGCUCGGCCUUCUACGUCCUUGUUUACGCUGUCUUCUACUUUGUCAACAAGCUGGACAUCGUGGAGUUUAUUCCUUCCCUGUUGUACUUUGGCUACACGGCUCUCAUGGUCCUGUCCUUCUGGCUCCUUACAGGGACAAUCGGCUUUUACGCAGCGUACACGUUCAUACGGAAGAUCUAUGCUGCCGUCAAAAUCGACUGAGUUGGUUUCUGCUGUUUUUUUGUUUUUUUUGUCACAUUAUUUUUCAUUUUUUUUACUUUUUUUUUCUUUAUGUCCAGCAAUCACUGGCUUGCGUGUGUGUGGACACAUGGACGAGUGAGGUGGUGUUUGUGGAACAGAGACCCCCUCCCCGCCACCCAAUAGGCAUGGAGAGAUGACAGUAAGAUGGCGCGCAGCCUGCAAACUCAACGAUCUUCCUCCCUGUGAUUGGAUGUCCAGAGACACAGAGAUUUCCUAUUGGACAGUCAAUGUUUUCUACAGUGUUUCACCUUGUACACACAACAUGGGCCAAAGCAUGUCAAAUGAAACAGUCUCUGUACGUUUUACUGUCUGCUUUUGGAGCAAGCCUGGGUUCCACAGGACGACUCAAGUGCAUUGGUUCAGAAUUGAACUUUAUUGUUUUAAAAUCAGUAAGCUAUUUUAGUCGUAACUUCUUUCACACACACUCUCUCUGUAAAGUUAGUUUAUUUAUCUUUAUGCCAGAUACGUUUAUGAUCAGAGGUCACAGUUGUAACGUCGUAAGUAUUAUUAUUUUUUGUCUGAAAAUAUGCUGGGAAAUGGAAGUCUAACAUUGGAACAGGCAUGGAUAUUGAAAUUUUCAGAUUUUUUUUUGGACCAUUUUCAGCCACAACUAAAAUCAUUCUAAAUUUGACUCCCUGAAAACAAUUGUCUCUCACAUUUAAGGUAACAUAUUGUCUAAAAUGUAUCUUUUUUUAAAGCGACCGGAUUUCAAUGUGGAGAAGCAUAAAUUUAAUUUUCUCUUUAAAUAUUACUUGCAGGGAAGCCACUUUGGCUUAAGACUGUUGAAAUAUGAACUGUUAUGGAACGAAAGUAAAUUUUGAUGAAAAGUAGUAUUCCUUCAAAUCACCUAUAUAAUUUCUGGGCUUUAACCUCGGGGAAACUGUUUAAAAUGGUUGUACACAUUGCAGUACUAGGUGAUGUCAUCAGCUCCAGGGUCCCACUGAACUGUUUUUUUUUUUUUAAGUAUGACUGUUUGGUUUCAUAAAGGUCAUGUUAAAUGUUUUGAGUUUAGUGUCAGAAUAGCAGUGUCUCACUAACUAUCGUUGUCGGUUGUCCCUGAGCAUCAAUGUCUUCUAGGAUUACCUUAAACAUGAUUCUGUCAUUGAGCAUCUAAGUGGAGUACAGUUAUUCCCCAUCAACCACGAGCCAAGUCGGUGCUGUGUAAGAUCGACAAUGUGGUUUAGAUUGUCGAUAGGUUCAAGAAGGUACUACAUGUCAACCUGUUGUAUUCAUGGGCAGAUCCUUCACUGGGUUUACUCUCUGUUACCCAGCUAGAAUUCCUCACCAGUGGUUCUCGUCUUGUAGAUGGAGUUCCUCUUGAUUGUGGAGUCUGAAAUGCAGAAGAUCCUGUAAACUAUAACAUGGGACCUACACAACUGAAUGAAAGUGGGGUGAAUGAGAUUCAGAAUAUUCCAGACCUUUUCUAUCAUGGGCAUAUUUUUACCAUUUACUUUAUUCUAUGGGCCAGUUCCUCAAACCCAGAUUAAGCCCGGUCCUGGAUUAAACAUAAUUCUCUAUGGAGAAUUACCAUUUAAAGGUCAUUUUGAGUCCAGGAAUAGGUUUAAUUUAGGUCCAGGAAACUGGGUCUUAUGUUUGAGAGCUGAGCUUUCAGGAAUGCAGCCUUUUAGGUCAAUGUUAUUACCCGACAGUUUCCCCUUGACGAAGAGCAUAGCAACCAAGCAGAGGACAGUCCGGUGGUGGUCUUGCCCAGCAGGUGGUGGUGGGAUAGAGCUGCACUGGAAGAGAGGGGGAUUACUCCAUUCACCAUGUAGUGUUUCACUGAAUGAAUCAUACUUCUCCACUCUCACUUAGUCUCUCACACAUUCACCUCCACAGUCAGUAUUGCAUCGGUCUUUUUCUUCCCUCUGUAAAGCCUUGUUCACACUGUAGGCCUUAAUUCUCAAAUCAGUUUUUUUCAACAACAACUUGCUGUUCGGACAACAAAACAGCAAGUUACAAAUGACCAAAUUAGGUGUGUGUGUUCAGACAGCAGUCAUUUGCUGACACGGCUACGCUAGUUGUCAUAGUAACGACGGGUCUUUGGUGUCGUCUGAUUGGUGGUGGUGCUUCCCAUCACUUGGAAGUUAUGUAACAACCUAAGGUGAUGACAACAAUGUGUCUCCAUGGAAGUUUCACAGUUGCUUAGAAUGUUAAAUCAUAGUGUAAAAACACUUUUAAAGCCUCAAAGGACAAGAUGGUCCAACUUUCAAAACAAAUCCUUUUUGGUUAACCAAGGCAGUCAACGAGCUAGCUAGGUAGCUGUUUAGCUUUUUAGAACAUUCACCAAUUUGUUUUGUAAACAACCUAGUUAGUUACCACAUGGUCUUGUCAAACUGUCAACAAGAGUAGCUAGCAAGCAACAAGAUAUGACAAAUAACAGUCUUAAAAAUUGAGGGCACAUGAAAAAGCCAUGGCUGGGAAGAUGGCUUGAAAUAUCAGAUUCCAUGUACUUUUUGGCUGUUUUAGACUGCAGGGAAAAAAAAAAAAAGAUUUGAAUUGGAUAUGCAAAUCAAUUGUAUUUGAGUCACUUCAAACUGCCAGUGUGAACCGGGCUUUAGUGUCAAAGUGUUCCUGAGCUGCCAGCUCUCACUGCUCUCUGAUUCAGAGACGGACAGACUUCCUCCACUGGGCCCAACAAACAGAUUUCUGGAGAGAUUUCCUGCAGAUGUACAUUUGACUGACCGGAGCUGUUGUAUGUAUGCGUGUGAAUGAGUGUUGACUGUGUAAAUACAACACGUUGUAUUGCUGAGGUUUGCUGUAGUGGGGACUCUUGACUAUAUAAAUAUCAUGUCAUUGUUUUAGCCAAAAGCAUGAUUUUUAAGAACCUGUUUCGUGUCCCCUUUUCUUUACAGAAUGCCCAGUGAUAUAAUUUAUGAAACUAAUAAAGUACUGAUGCGA